CUUUGGGUGGAUGCUAUCUGUACCAACCAAGAUGACGUGCCCGAGAAAAACAACCAAGUCCAACCCAUGAAAGACAUUUACGAGCAAGCUUCGAAGGUGAUAGCUUGGCUCGGACUGGGGGACGGUGAUACUGGUGAUCUCUUCGACUUUCUAACUGGGCUUUCAGAACAAGAUCUAGAGUGCAUAUCUACCGGCAGUCUGCCGCUGCAUGUGUCCGAAGCAUCAGCGACGGUAAAACGAUUCUUCAGUUUCGGCGACAAACAUCCACAGGCGGCUUUCAACCUAGCAUGGAUUGCACAAGAAGUCCUCCUGGCUUGUCGUCUCGAGUUUGUCUGUGGCCUCAAGCGGGCCCCUUGGAAGAUAUGGGCUCGAUACAUCGACAUGAUU